GGGGGGCGUUAAGGGCGCCGCGUCGGGCGGGCGGAGCGGCGCGGCCAUGGCGUACCAGGGCUUUGCGCAGGAGUACCUGGGCAUGCCGGCCGUGACCCGCGCCUACACCACCGCCUGCGUGCUCACCACCGCCGCCGUGCAGCUGGAGUUCAUCACCCCCUUCCAGCUGUACUUCAACCCAGACCUCAUCUUCAGGAAGUUCCAGAUAUGGAGGCUGAUCACCAACUUCCUCUUUUUUGGCCCCCUGGGAUUCAGUUUCUUUUUCAACAUGAUAUUUCUGUACAGGUACUGCCGCAUGCUGGAGGAAGGCUCCUUCCGUGGAAGGACGGCUGACUUUGUCUUCAUGUUCCUCUUUGGAGGGUUUCUCAUGACACUGUUUGGACUCUUUGCCAGCCUGUUUUUCCUGGGCCAGGCUUUCACCAUCAUGCUGGUGUACGUGUGGAGUCGCAGGAACCCUUACAUCCGCAUGAACUUUUUUGGGCUUCUCAACUUCCAAGCCCCCUUCCUGCCCUGGGUCCUGAUGGGCUUCUCUCUGCUCCUGGGCAACUCCAUCAUCAUUGAUCUGCUGGGGAUUGCAGUGGGUCAUAUCUAUUAUUUCUUGGAAGAUGUUUUCCCCAAUCAGCCUGGAGGAAAAAAGUUGCUCUUAACCCCGACCUUUCUGAAGAUGGUUUUUGACACACCUGAAGAGGAUCCCAAUUACAACCCUCUCCCUGAGGAUCGUCCAGAACACCUGCCUAGAGACCAAGACCAGAACCAGCAGCAGCAUCCACAGUAGCAUGGGGGACUUCUUCAUGUGGCCAGACUCCUCCCUCCUGGCUGGACUUGGGCUGUCCAAGAGACAGAUCUCUGUCUAUUCCAGAGACCCUACUGGAAUAACAGCAGUUGCCAUUC